UGCUUCUUUGGAAGCAGAAACGUGUAAACGCUAUAAAACGCGGUGGCGCGGCGGGCAGCUCAGAGCGUGCGGCGAGACGGAGCCCUCCUCUUCAUCCUCCUCCUCCUCCUCACCCUCUGCCGCCACCCCGGCAGCCGCGCAGCGGAGCAGGGCACACUGCCCCAGCACCGCUCCGCUCCGCGCCCGCCCAGCCAGACCCACCGACGGACUCGUGCCGGCCAUGGAGCACCGCGGCGCCUCCCCGCUCCUCCUCGCCCUCGCCCUCCUCAGCGCCCUCUGCUGGCGGGCGCGGGCGCUGCCCCCGCGGGGCGCCGCCUUCCCUCCCGUCCCGCGAUUGGGAAACAGAAUGCCAUUUGAUGGAGCCAGUGAACCUGACCAUGCCCGUGGGUCAUUAAAGUCAGAAUCAGAUAUUUUGCAGAACACACUACCUGAAAAUGAGAAAUUCUAUUUUGAUCUGUCCAGAAUUAUUGAUAGCUCCCAGGACAGUCCUGUCAAACGCCACUCUGAUGCUGUCUUCACUGACAACUACAGCCGCUUUCGAAAGCAGAUGGCUGUGAAGAAAUACUUAAACUCAGUUUUAACUGGAAAAAGAAGCCAGGAAGAGCUAAAUCCUGCUAAACUUCGAGAUGAAGCAGAACUUCUUGAACCAUCCUUUUCAGAAAACUACGAUUCUGUAGAUGAGCUGCUGAGCCACCUCCCACUGGACCUCUGAAGGACACCUGGUAAAGUCUAUGACAAGAACAAGCUAUUUUUGAGUUCCACAUAGUAUUUCAAAGAGAUGACUUUAGUCAUCAAACCAGAACAAAUAUGUUGUGAAGUGAAAGUUGUGAUAUAUUUGUUUCUUACGUAAUAAAAGUUGAUAUUUACAUUGUAAAUAUUACUCUAGAGUUCUCUACUGAAAGCUGUACAUAUGGAUGCCAGUUUAACUCAUGAGAAGUCUGUGAGUCCAUAUGCUGUAAAUCCUUUACUUCAAUAAAUUCAUUUGAAAAUGA